UUUUCACAGUGAAUGUAUUAAUUAUCAAUUAUGGUGCAAAACGGCUAUACAAAUGGCAAUGGUGGUGUACCAAAUGGUCAUCUCGCCACAGAGAACAAACCCACCUAUGCUCUGGAUCAUUUGGGUACGUUCAAGCUGAAAAGUGAUGCUGAGGUGACGAGGCCAAAGGAUAAAUUGAAGACGUUGAUGGAAUUGGAUAAAGUGGGCGGUGUUUGGCCCAUGAAAAUGUAUAUGUGCUUCAGUGGCCAAUGGCUGGUGAUGUUGGAUAGUAAUAUGAAGGAAAUUGAAAAUUUCCCCGGAUCUUUAAUUACCGAACCGACUGCUUUCAUAAGUGAAGAUCCCAUGGAGAUAUAUAAUAAUUUAUUGGUAUUCACAGUGCCUGGCAUUUCAUUGGGUAAUACAGAAAUGCAUAUUUUUCAGGUUAGCGAUGUCUCUGCCGUCCACUUGGUUGAAGAUCUCAAACAAUUGUCCAGUGGCAAAGUGGUGACCAUCGAUCGCAACAAGACUCCCAUUGUUGUGCCCAAAUCGGAUCGCCCCAUGCACCAAAGUAAAGACCAAUAUGGCUUGGCUGUGGCUGCCGCCGAAGCUGCCACCGCUCAAACCGUUCAAGACCAAGAACAAACCAACAAAGAUAUACAAGUCUUGAAUCACUGUUUCGAAGACAUAGAACGUUUUGUUACCCGUCUCCAAUUCGCUGCCGAGGCAUUGCGUGAGCUGGAGGUGCGUAAAUACGAACAUAGCUCACAUGGCGAAGGCCUGCUAUUGAAUCGUUCUCGUCCACCAACUGAAAAAGAAUUCCGAGAUAUUUUUGCCAAACACAAACUCGCCUUCAACUAUGUGCUGAAGUUGAAAAACCACUUCCAAGAUCCAGCCGAACCCAUCCACAACUCGUUUGUAUCGCUGCAAGCCAUCUAUGGGGUGUGUAAUGAUGUUUAUGUUGGUGCUGCAGUAGCUGAAGGUGUCGUAGAUCCCCUGCUACGUGCCGAUACAAUUGCCUUCCUCAAGACAUGCCUCAGCGAAGAAGAAAUGAAAUUUUGGCAAACGUUGGGCAUAAAUUGGCUACAAGCCAAGGAACAUUUUAAAGAUCACAAGGGUUCCUAUCAUCCGAAAUUCUAUGAUGAAUGGUCACCCGAUUGGGUAGUAGAUGAAGAGGUAAAAUAUAUUCCACCACCAACAAAGAAAUCUGUAGAACAGCAGCAGUCGGUACCAGGAUCACCGGGUAAUAAAAAUUACAACAACACCUGGUUGGUGCGUUUGAAAACAAGAAAUGUCAAAAUUGCCGAAGUCAUGUACAACAAGGUGGCGAACAAUGAUCGGGAAUUGGAUGUCACCAAGGGUGAAUAUCUUGAGAUCAUUGAUGACUCACGUAAUUGGUGGAAGGCUCGCAAUGCCUCCGGUAAUAUUGGCUAUGUACCCCACACUCUCUUGGCUCCGGUUAAUUUUGAUCAGAACUCAAAUUAUUCUGGCAAGGAUACAGAUUCUAUUGGUUCAUCGACUAUAGACAAUAAUGCUAAAGGGAAUGAACGUAAUGUCAACAAUCGCAAAACCUUGACCACCUUCAUACCUCCAACGGAACAAGAAUUGCAAGCUGCUCAACUGCAAAGAGCCUCUAGAAACUCUAUACCCCGGUCGAUAAGUAUGCCCAAUGUACCCAUUCCCCCACCAUUGCCACCACCAGAUAGUGAUGAAACACCAUCGGGAACACUGAAGCGGAAUAUGGCUCUGAAUGGUAAUAUUGCAGCAAUGCGUGCUCGCACCGAAUUCGAUGAAAGUAGUGAGGCUCUGAUGCUGCAAAGUACCAUAAAUGAUGAAUUGAAAUACACCCUGCAGCAAAGGGAGCGAAGACGUGAUUUGGAAAUUCUGAAGACCCCACAGAUUUAUAUCAAUCAAAAAUCGCCACCCAAAGAGGUUGAAGAAUGGCUAAGGGGCAAAGGCUUUUCCGAUGUUAUUGUUAAGAAAUUGCGUGGCCUAAACGGUGAGGAAUUGUUUGCUCUGCCACCGCACAUUAUUGAAGGAUAUUUCGGUCAGAAGGAAAGUCGUCGUUUGAUAUCACAAAUUGUAUUGCAGAAAAAUAUUUGCGAAUUUAAAACUGUGCGUUCAUCGGAAUUAUCAGCAAAAUUGGCAAAGGCUCGCCAAAAAAUUGAAAGUCAAAAUUACGAUCCCAAUGAGGUCUUCUAAAUGUUAUUUUUUCGUUUUCUUUUUUACUUUCUAUU